AAGGGCUUUGUUUUUGUUUUUGUAUGUAAAUUUCCCUACUAUAAAUUGCUUGAGGGCUUUCACUCCGGGCGAUUUCUGGGAGGCAAUCGAGCCUUUAAUUUCCAGUUAGGUUCCACGCGGAUGAAGCGGGCAAUGGAAGGAUAAAACUUUCUUUCCAUUAAGUGAGUUAAAGACAAUUCAGAUAAGGAUUUACAGAGAUAAAAAAAAGAGGAAUUUUGAUCAGUAGACAUGGCGGAGAUGCUUCAAAUUUUCUAUGCAAUAUACCCCUCAUCUUGUGGUUUACCUGGAGAAAGCAAGUCGAGCAGGAAAAAUAUAAACCAUGUUGUAAGAUGUUUCUGUAAGGACUUGGAAAAUUUUGGUUCGAUUAAACCGCGGAGUUUUCGCGAAUCUUUUCGCACAGAUUGUUUGCCAGUAGUGACAAUGAUCCGUGGCAGUGCUUUUCGGAGUCUACUCGAGCCUUUUACUCUGCUAAGGGGAGGUCUUGUUGCACAAUCCAGCUUUCAUUCUUGUUUUGCUGGCAAAGUAGAAACUGGAUUGGUGGUUUUGGAUAGACAAGAAAAUGAGGGAUUUAGUGUUAAUGGAUUUGGUAAACCGCAGAUACCUGACGAGCUUGAUGGUGUGCCCUCUUCAAACCUUCAUGGUAGAUUCAAGAUAUCUGAACUUAAGAUACACUUUUUAGAGGAGAGGGAUGAAGAGAUAUUGUCCAAAAGAAUUUUGAGCCUUAGUAGAUCUAACAAGGUCAGAAGUGCACUAGAGUUAUAUCUCUCUAUGGAUGUUGCUGGCCUUAGAACCGGUGCACAUGCUUGUAACUCUUUGCUGGCUUGUCUUGUCCGUAAUAGGUCAAUUGAUGAUGCCUUGGUAGUUUUCGAGAAGAUGAGAAGGAAGGGGCUUCCUACAGGACAUGCUUACAGUUUGGUACUCAAAGCUGUUGCUGGUGCUAAAGGUUGCAACACAGCCAUGGAAAUGUUCAGUUCAUUUGAAGAUGAGGGAGUAUCGAAGCAUGUCUUUGAUAUAGUUGUAUAUAAUACAAUGAUAUCAAUCUAUGGGAAAGCUAAAAACUGGGUUGAGACGGAGAGGAUGUGGAGAAAAUUCAAGGAGAAUAACUUGAGUGGAACUAUGAUCACUUAUUCAUUAUUGAUCAGCGCAUUUGUGCAGUGUGGUAUCCUUGAACUAGCUCUCGAUGCUUACCAUGAAAUGAUUACCAGAGGAUUGGUACCAGAUGAGGACAUUAUGAAGGCAAUUGUUGCUUCCUGCACUAAAGAUGGAAAGUGGGCUUUGGCUCUUAUCAUGUUUAGAAAGAUGCUGGAAAGUGGCAUAAAGCCUACUGUAAUUACCUAUAAUUCAGUGAUCAGUUGUCUUGGGUAAGCUGGGGAAGAUGCUCUUGCUUUUAAGGUCUAUGAACUCAUGAAACUUUCUGGGUUGACACCUGAUGUUUAUACAUGGAGUGCUUUGCUGAGUGCUCUAUAUAUGAGUAAGCGAUAUGCUGACGCGCUUCUACUAUUUGAGAAUUUUAGAGCAUUAUCGGUUUCUCAGUCAUACUUCCAGUUAUAUAAUAUAGCUUUGAUGUCAUGUCAGAGACUUGGGUUAUGGGAACGUUCACUGCAGCUCUUAUGGGAGAUGGAAAAAAGUGGAAUGCAGAUGUCUACCGUAUCGUAUAAUCAUGUCAUCCGAGCUUGUGAAACUGCAAGGAAACCUGAAAUUGCUUUACAAAUCUAUCAACAUAUGAUUGAUCAGAAGCAAACCCCUGACACUUUUACAUACUUAUCACUAAUAAGAGCUUGCAUCUGGGGAUCAUUGUGGACAGAAUUGGAAAAAAUUUCGGAGUGUAUUCCGUUAGACGCUUCCCUCUAUAAUGCACUUGUUCAAGGAUUUUGUUUGCGGAACAAGUUUCUCCUAGCAAAACAAAUGUACACAAAAAUGCGGAGCAUUGGACUUGAACCAGAUGGGAAAACAAGGGCGAUGAUGCUUCAUAUUUUAUCAGCUAAUGGAGUCAAGCAGCGUGCCAGAAGACCAAAGAGAAGAGAGUCGAUUUGCUCACCAAAUCUUCUUCCAGCAAAAGAACAUGAAGCAAAUGAUCGCUUUCUUGCUGGCUUCUUUUUUUGGCGAUAGAAGGAUGACUAUAGAGU